AUGGGGAGGCUGGUGAGGGCAGGAGGCGGGGAGACGGGGAGGGAGCCUGCCCCCAGAGAUGACACGCACCGCUUCCUUCUUGUUCCCUGCUUUCGAGUUUGCUUUAUUCCCAUCCUAACCUGGUUUACUCCUUCCUCUGCUUUCUCCCUCCAUCUCGCCGUGUUCCCUCCUCCCGGUUGCGUUGCAAAACACGGCCAUGCCAUCUGCAAGGUGUCGCGAUGCACUUCCCCAAAUAACCAGUCCGGCGCGCCAGCCCGUAGUCACCCUCCCGUCUGCGGGCGCACACCAAGUGGGGCGCCCUGGGUGCCCUGCACCAGGCCUCGCAGCCUGGGCGCAGUUGCACCGCGCGGGGCGGGGCGCAGCAGUGCGGGCUCCAGGGGGACAACCGCUCCUGGGUCCCGACACUCGGACCGGUUUCCGGCACACGCGGGGAAAUCGCCUCCCGCCAGUGUCUGCGCACUCGCCCCCGCCUCCACCGCCUGGAUUGCAUUAUUAUUUUUAUCCUGGUUGCAGUUUGCAGCCGAGAUCCUGGUGAGCCCGGGGCUGGCCGGACUGCUGGUGGGGGGUGGGGGGGGGGUGGCGGGUGGAGGGAAGUUGGACGUGGAUCAGGCAGGAAAAAAAAAGUUUGGCAGGGAGACUAAGGAAGGAGGGAGGGUGGGAGGGGGCGGCGAGCUCCCGCAGCUCGCGUCUCGGCGCCCUCGGGGCAGGCGCGAGUGUGUCUGCGCGUGA